UUCUGCUCCUCGGCUCGGGGUUCGGACCCGGCGCUGGGCGCGGUCACGCGGGGCGCUGCGCACGACGUCCGGCGGCCACAGAGCGCGGCCAUCGAGUCCCGCCCCGGCGCAGCGCCCCCCUCCCGGGCCCGCGACACACGCCCUCGGGGUCGGUCCUCGAGGACACGCAGCGCCCCACCCACCCACCAGGACGCACGUUUUAAGCUCAUCAGUGAAGGUUCCUUAAAUUCCCGAAGGGCAAUAAGUUAACCAAGUAAAACAGCACCGGAACACCAGGAUCCCACGACAGAUUCCGUUGUCACAUCUCCUUCCAGAGUUUGAACGGUGCUGAACUGUCAGCACCAUCUGUCCGGUCCCAGCAUGCCUUCUGAGACCCCCCAGGCGGAAGUGGGGCCCACAGGUUGCCCCCACCGCUCAGGGCCACACUCGGUGAAGGGGAGCCUGGAGAAGGGGCCCCCAGAGGGUAAGGAAGCCAAGGAGCCCCUGUGGAUCCGGCCCGAUGCUCCGAGCAGGUGCACCUGGCAGCUGGGCCGGCCUGCCUCCGAGUCGCCGCAUCGCCACACUGCCCCGGUAAAAGCUCCAAAAAUCUUGCCAGAUAUUCUGAAGAAAAUCGGGGACACCCCUAUGGUCAGAAUCAACAAGAUUGGGAAGAAGUUCGGCCUGAAGUGUGAGCUCCUGGCCAAGUGUGAGUUCUUCAACGCGGGCGGGAGCGUGAAGGACCGCAUCAGCUUGCGGAUGAUUGAGGAUGCUGAGCGCGACGGGACGCUGAAGCCCGGGGACACGAUUAUCGAGCCGACAUCCGGGAACACCGGGAUCGGGCUGGCCCUGGCUGCGGCAGUGAGGGGCUAUCGCUGCAUCAUCGUGAUGCCGGAGAAGAUGAGCUCCGAGAAGGUGGACGUGCUGCGGGCACUGGGGGCUGAGAUUGUGAGGACACCCACCAAUGCCAGGUUCGACUCCCCAGAGUCACACGUGGGGGUGGCCUGGAGGCUGAAGAACGAAAUCCCCAAUUCUCACAUCCUAGACCAGUACCGCAACGCCAGCAACCCCCUGGCUCACUAUGACACGACCGCUGAUGAGAUCCUGCAGCAGUGUGAUGGGAAGCUGGACAUGCUGGUGGCUUCAGUGGGCACGGGCGGCACCAUCACGGGCAUUGCCAGGAAGCUGAAGGAGAAGUGUCCUGGAUGCAGGAUCAUUGGGGUGGAUCCCGAAGGCUCCAUCCUCGCGGAGCCAGAGGAGCUGAACCAGACAGAGCAGACAACCUACGAGGUGGAAGGGAUUGGCUACGACUUCAUCCCCACGGUGCUGGAUAGGACGGUGGUGGACAAGUGGUUCAAGAGCAACGACGAGGAGGCGUUCACCUUUGCCCGCAUGCUGAUCGCGCAAGAGGGGCUGCUAUGUGGUGGCAGUGCUGGCAGCACGGUGGCGGUGGCCAUGAAGGCCGCGCAGGAGCUGCAGGAGGGCCAGCGCUGCGUGGUCAUUCUGCCCGACUCAGUGCGGAACUACAUGACCAAGUUCCUGAGUGACAGGUGGAUGCUGCAGAAGGGCUUUCUGAAGGAGGAGGACCUCAUGGAGGAGAAGCCCUGGUGGUGGCACCUCCGUGUUCAGGAGCUGAGCCUGUCAGCCCCACUGACCGUGCUUCCGACAGUCACCUGUGAGCACACCAUUGAGAUCCUCCGGGAGAAGGGCUUCGACCAGGCGCCCGUGGUGGACGAGGCGGGGGUGAUCCUGGGAAUGGUGACGCUUGGGAACAUGCUGUCGUCCCUGCUUGCUGGGAAGGUGCAGCCGUCAGACCAAGUUGGCAAAGUCAUCUACAAGCAGUUCAAACAGAUCCACCUCACGGACACGCUGGGCAGGCUCUCGCACAUCCUGGAGACGGACCACUUCGCCCUGGUGGUGCACGAGCAGAUCCAGUGUGAGUGGGGCCCUGCUCUGUGCGUGGGGUUCUCACUGGGGUCAGGCCACCAAGCCUGGCCUCUGCCAUGGGCAGCAGCUGGGCCCCCAUCCCCUGCGGGGUGUUAGGGGAGUGGGUGGUGCCAACCUUCAGUGACACCCAGUCUUUAUGCCUGGGCCUCCCACACGCUCCGGGCUGGUGGGCUGCACCUGUGAUUCCUGCAGAGCCCCCUCAGGCCACACCGUGUAGGGCCCUUUGUCCAGCUUGCAGAGGCUCAGGAGUCCAGGCCUCUUGCCUCCAGGGAGGCCAGCAGUCUUGGGGAUUCUCAGGGACAAGCCCAGAAACAUCUAGAAGGGUUUCAAGUCCUGACCCUGGCCAUGUCCCGCAGCCCUGGAGAGGCAGCGUUUGCCCCGACAGCCUCCUGGCCUUCGGAGGGCUGCGCUGAAUGGAAGCCCCAUGUGGGUCUCAGAGGGGCCACUGAUGGGCUGUCCUCAGAGCCCCGCUCCCAGCGAGCUCGUGAGGUUUUGCAACUCCUGAGCACAUCCCCGGGCGUCCCCACCACAUCCCCACAGGCCAGGACAGUCGCUCGCAGGUUUUGGGUCAUAGAUGGCAGCCCUGGGCCUGGGGCCCACAGGAAGAGUUGGGAGGGGCCCUGGAGCCCGGAGCCUACUCACCCACCAGGCCUGUGUGCAGUGGGUGAGCGCUCGGCGGCUGAGGCUGGUCUGUGAGGGCCCCGAGUCUAACUCCAUCUCCUGUCCUUGGCUCUGCAGCGCAGGACCAGGCCUGGGCAGGCGUGGUGGGGGGCGCCCACAGCUAGGUAUCACCCACCCCUCAGAAUGGCUGUCAGGCUCAGAGUCACAGCCUCCCCACGGCAAAUGGAGGCCUUCCAGGGUCCUGGACCCACCCCCCAGCUUGGGUAGGAGAGUUCCCCCUCUUAAUCUCACAUUUACCUGUGUGUGAACGUCUCAGAAAAAAAAAAAGAGGCAAAUUCCAAUGUCAGGGUCCCCAAAUCAAGUCCUCCUGGAGCACGUCCAUGCUUGUCACCACUGUCUGCGGCUGGCUGCUUUCAAGCACGUCAGGGCUGCGUGCUCAUAACAGAGACGGCACGGCCCCCAAGACCUAAAAUACCACCAGCUGGCCCUUGUCGGAAAGUCCCCUGGCCGGCCCUGGUUCACUGCCUCAGGGCCAGGCUGCCAGGGCCACAGAAGCCUGCGGCACUCAGGGCUCCCAGGGCUCCCUUCUCCCAACAGUUGCUGUGCCUCGGUUUCCCCGAAACGCAAGGAGCUGAUCUCAUCUGGGUUCCCUAUGUUUUCCUGGGGCUCUAAGUGGGCCACCCCAAGGGACCUCUGCCUACAAAGAGAGGAGUGACAGCCGUGGCGGAGUGGGGACAGGCUCCGAGGGCUCUGCCUCGAUGUUCCUCACCCCCACCCUGCUCACCCCUCUGUGCCUCAUGACAGCUGGUGUAGGGUCCUGUGGAGACCCAGGACCAAGAGGAUGUGGGGUGGGGGGAGAGAGAGGGAACGAGAUCUGUGUUAAGGAACUGGAUCAUGAGAUCACGGAGGCUGACAAACCCUGAGAUCUGCAGGGUGAGGCGGCAGGCCGGAGAUUGGAGAGCCAGCAGUUCAAGCCCCAAGGCAGGAAAUUCCACCUUUGGUUCUAUUCAGGCCUUCAACUGCUUGGGUGAGGCCCUCCACAGUAGCACACCUUAUCUGCCUCUUGACUCUUGUGCUAAUCCGGAAUCCCCUCACACACGCCCAGAACGACGUGUGACCAAUGCCUGGGCUCCCACGGCCCCGUUAAUCUGUAUUAAAAUUAACCAUCACAACA